AUCUGGUGACUGAAGAUUACGUGAAGUUAGUUAGCCAGCUGCUAGCCUCGACAAAAAGAUCACACACAGAUGUAACGCCUGGAGAAAUAUUUGCAUUAAACGUGAUUUCCAUUACAAUGAACCUCAGUUCUGUCAGAGUGUAUGGAGUUUUUACGAGUCAAGGCGGCAGAGAGUAACACCAGAAUGAGAUCUGCAUACGCCAUGGAUAUAAGCCGGUCAGCUUUACGAGGACCCUAAAGUGUCUCAUUGACAGUUGAAGAGACAUUAAAAUCAUUGCUUCACACACACAGCUAAACGCUACAUCUAGACUACAGAGAUGUUCGCAAAGUUGAAGAAGAAGCUGGCAGAGGAGGCCGCCACUGCCCCUCGCUCCGGCCGCAUCCCUCGCUCCAUGAGCAAGGAGUCCAUCACGUCUGUGGGCGCAGAUUCAGGCGAUGACUUUGCGUCUGAUGGCAGCAGCUCCAGAGAUGAUGUUUCUUCUCAGAUUCAGCGCAGAAACGAUCAGAUACGAAAGCUGGAGGCCAAACUCUCAGCAUCCAUGCGCAAAUUUCAGGACCAGAAUGAAACUUUCCAGUCCAACAGAGCCAAGAUGGCAGAGGGCAUGGCCUUAGCAUUAGAGAAGAAGGACCAGGAGUGGAUGGAAAAGCUAGCUAUUCUGGAACAGGAGAAGUUGUCACUGGCAGCCCGGCUAGAUGAGAUGACGGAGCAGAGUUUAAGUCUGUUCCAGAAGAGAGAUGACUUGGAUGAGCUGGAGGGCUUUCAGCAGCAGGAACUGGCCAAAGUCAAACACAUGCUGCUGAGGCGAGAGGAACAACUGAGUCAGCGGGAGAAAGAGCUCAAACUGAGAGGAGAGGAGCUGAACACAGCGAGACUGACCCUGAGCCAAACCCAAGACAAGCUGUAUGAGCUGGGAGAGGAACACGAGGAGAUGUGCAGGAUCAACUCACAGCUACAGGCCCAAAGGUAUGUGAAGAGGGAUGAGUUGUUGAAUGAGAGAACAGAUGCUGAAAGGAGGGUUGUGGCUCUGGAGAGGAGAGAGCAGGAGUUACAGCAGCUGAUCCAGCAGGUGUCAGAGGAUUUCCAGAAGGCACAAAGCAGUGCAAAGGCACUCGAGAAAUCAAUGGAGCAGCUCCAGUCUGAACACAAUAAGCUGGAGCUACAGCACGAACAGCACAAGAACAAGGUGGCAGUGACAGAGGAGGAGCGAGAGCGUGUAAUGGCUGAUUUGCAGGAGAAGGCUGCUUCCUUAGAAAGGAGACUAGAAGCGAACUUCUCUCUGGAUGAGCACCUACAGGAACUGCUCAAAGAGAAGUCUUCAUUGGAGCAGAGGUUAGAGGGGGCCAGAGGAGAGUUACUGGAGGAGAGAACAAAUCACACCACUGCAGUCACUUCACUGGAGGCCCAGAUCUCUCGGCAGAACGCCAGCAUCACAGAUCUGCAGACUCUGGUCAAGCACAAAGACGACUCGUCCAGGGCUUACAGAGAGAGGACAGACGCACAGAUAUCAGAUCUGGAGCAGAGACUGGCUGACUGCACUGAGAAGAUGAAGAGUCUGCAACAGCAACUUGAAGACAGUGAAACGCAUGCAGAAAAACUGCAGGCAGAGUGGGCAGAGGAGAGAGAGAGACUACAGCAACAUGUCUCGACACAGAGACAGAGAGGCUUGGGGAAAACAGCCAGACUGGAGGAGGAACUUCUUACUCUACAGAGAGAGAGAGAAACAGAGGCAAGCAAGCAUCAGGACAACCUGCGGUUACUGGAGGAGGAAAAAGCUUCACUGUUGAAGAGCAAAGCUGAGGUUGACAGCACUGUCGAGAGACUGACCGCAGAACUAGAGCAGUCCAGAGCAGAGUUGAUCAGUAGACAGACAGUAAGCGUUGAAAUUGCCAAAGCUCUGGAGGAAACCAGAAAACAGAGAGAAGAACUCCAACAACAGGUCGGCAAAAUGACAGAGUCUCUCGAGAAGGCGGAACAGGAAGUGGGUCGUCUUUCUCAGGAUUUAGGAGCAAAGGAGGAGGAACUAAACACGCUGAAGGAAGAGCUGCGGGCGGUCCGUAGCAGUCUGUCUUCUCUGCAGGCUGAGUGUGAGUCUCGUCGUUUGGAGGCUGAGGAGAGAGAGCGAGAACACAACUCUCAGCUGACUUCACUGCAGCAGGAAGUACUCACAAAAACACAACAACUCUCUUCAUACCAAUCACGGGUGUCUGAUCUGGAGGGUGAGGUGUUGAGUUUAACUGCACAGUCACAUGCAGAUGAGUGUGAUGGUGAGCAGAACGGGACGCUUACUGUAAGUGAUCUUGACCAGUUGCAAAAGGUCAAUAAAGACCUGGAGCAACAACUGGCCGAAAAGAACAAGACAAUAAAGCAGCUACAGCAGAGGCUUGCAGAACUCAAGAGGACACUGCAGAAAGAGCUGAAACUGAAGCCAGAUCCUGACUCUGAGAUGAAGGAGAGACUCCAGGAAGGCAGGCAGGAGAGAUCAGCUGAUAAGACGGUCUCAGAGACACAGAUGCCCGCCACAGCUCCAACCUCAGCUCCAGGACUCCCUCAAACUUCAGGCCCGCCUCCCAUCACCUCCAACACCACAGUCACCAACAGUUCAGACCUCACAGACACAAGAGAGAUCAACUUUGAGUACCUCAAACACGUGGUGCUGAAGUUCAUGUCCUGCAGAGAGGCAGAGGCUUUCCAGCUCAUCAGAGCCAUUUCUGUACUUCUGCAUUUCACAAAAGAAGAAGAGGACAUGCUCAAACAGACACUGGAGUACAAGAUGUCAUGGUUUGGUUCCAAGCCCACACCCAAAGGUAUCAUACGGCCUUCCAUCUCAGGAACCUCUAGUUGGAGCUGAGAGACAAAUACUCUGAAAAAAAGUGAAAUAGGGAAUAGUGAAUGAUCUCAGUAGAAAACUACUGACGUCUGGAGGGAGCAAUUGCCGACUCCGCAGUUUCAGUCUCUGCCUCAACAGUUCCUAUGUAGCUCAUGCCCUUUAAACAAUGGGACACAAAACAACUCUCUCCAUUUUUCACUAAAAUAUUGCAGGGACUGGAAACAAAUGCUUUAUCAACAUCUUUUCGUGACUGGGGAAUUUCAUCUUUUAAGUAAUGGUUAAAAGGCAUCAUCCGUCUCAUUCAUAUCCUCCGUAGUUUCUACAACUGCUGUUUCCAACAUCCUUCAACUGGAAAAGGAUGGAAAACGAUUCUUAUUUUCAUUUACUUUUUUUGUAACUCCAAUCUGAGCUCCUUGAAAUCACUGUUGGGGGAAUCAUAUGCGCUGCUCUAUUUCAGUGGUCCUCAUAUAGACAAUAAACGCAUGCCCUUUUCCUCCAAUACUGGACAUCAGUGAAAAUCAGGAAUGGGAUUUCACAUACUGUUGUGAUUUUGAAUAUGUGGAAGCAUCUUUCUUUAACCUGCCUUGUUUAUGUGUAAAUUACAGUUACGUACAUUCCAUACAAGUAUUUAUAUAUGAAUACCUGUAUAUAAGUGAUGAGGAUUUAUAAAUCAGUGGAUACAUACCUUAAGGUUUUUUUUUUUGUCAUCAUACACAUGCAUUAGUCUCAAAACUGUGAUCAUAUGAGUGUGUAUGUAUAUGCGUGCGAGAUUCUUCACUGUGGGCUUGAAACUGUAAUAUAGAGGCAUAUAUGCACAGACUGAGGAAACAAGCAUGCAUGCCUUAUACCGAAUGCUUUGAUUGUACUUUGGUUUUGAGUGUAUACUGAAGCAUUUGAGUACACUUGAAGCCUUAACAUUCAAGGCUAACUGCAUUUCUAUUUCUCUGAGAACAUGUCAAAAGAAACGUCUCUCCUUUUUCCCUGUGAAAACAAAGUGGUUUUGAGUCAGAGCCAGUGUUUUGCUGUCAGAACAAUGUAAUUUUGUGUGUUUUAACACUUCAAGGCCACAUCAGCACUAAGGUUAACACUCUGAAUGACAGACUCUUCUGGUAAAAAUAGCUGAAUAUCUCUGCGGUAUGAUUAACGUGUUACCUGUUUUUAGAAAAAGAAUCCGAAAGAUUUCUGUUUUAUGUAAAGACUGAUAGAACUCCUAUUAUGAAGUUUGAAUCAGUCGAUUCUGAGAAUUUGUUUUGCCGUAAAUGAAGGUUCUCUGGAAAAUGCAGAUAAAUGGCCUGUGUAUGAACCGCUUUCGGAAUGAGAUUUUUAUAGAAAGAUCCAAAAUGCACUUUUCUACAACUGUAUUCAUGUUUUGUUUGAUGUUAUGAUACUGUAGCCAUCACAGUAUCCAUUGCAUCUGCUUUCAGCAAAAUACCACUACAUCCUUACUUUGGUUUCACUUCAUGGUAUGUCAGGAAUAUCAAAACUUGACAAAAAUUAAAAUCUUUCU